AUGUUCGCUGGAAGAAUGGAAGUUGUGACGUACAAUGAACACUGGGUUUCAGCAUUUAAUAAUGGAAAUGAAUCCAUCGAAGACAAGCCUCACCCUGGAUCUCCCCGCCAAGCAACCACUUCCAAAACCAUUGCCAAAAUCAAGGAAAUGGUAAUUGAAGACCCCCACGCAACUAUUAGAGAAUUAGUUAACCUUGUGGGUAUCUUCCAAGAAUGA